AUGGACCAAGACCAACAGAUUGAACGGCCGCAAACGCCCCCAUAUCAACCCAAUGCCGGCGUUACCAUGUCGCGCGAUGAAAUGGAAACUAUUGUAAAGUCUGGUUUCCCACAAUCAAAACUAAUCAGUGUCUCUGCCGUUCCUACAUCCGACUCGUUCAACAACCGCAUCUAUUUUCUUGGUCUCCUACACACGGACGAUACCAAACAAGACGUCGCCUUGAAGAUCAAUGGCAGAUUUUUCGGAGCCAGCAAAGUUCAAAACGAAGUAGCAUGUCUGCAGCAAUUGGAAAAACAUUGUCCGCAAAUACCGUCUCCCCGUGUUCUCGCCUGGUCAGACGAUGGCCAGAUGGUCUCUUUUACAACUGCUCACAAGACGGGCCAAGUAAAUAUUGGAGCAUCACAUCAACUACAUGGACAUAGUCAUGGUGGCUGGAUCUUAACGACCAAAGUACCAGGCACCACGGUGUCAGUAUCCGACUUGAAUGAUGAGUCGUGUCGAGUCUUGGGCAGACAACUGGCAGAUAUCGUUUCAGACUGGCGACAUAAUAUUCCCUCUCAGCCACGAUGCGGUAAUAUUAAACUACCCCCGCAAGAUGAGAGCGAAGAAAUGGAAGGGAAAGACACAAAAGACAGCCUUAUCAUACAAGGCAUCGUCAUGGACAACUUUGAGCCGCCAGAACCUGUGCAAACAGUCAACACAUAUCAGAAGCUCCGUUUAGGCGAGAAGAUGAGAGAACUCGCAACAACCGACACAUACGCACCAAAUAGGCACUUGCUCCCGAUUCUUCAAAAUUUCAUCGACAACGAUCUCCCAAAGAUGAAGCUUGCGCUGCCACCUGCAGCCUACCAGUCCGGCCGUACUUUUGUCUUCACUCAUUAUGACCUCGCCCCCCGCAAUGUCCUUGUAUCUGGGCAGCCGCCAACAAUUACAGGAAUUGUAGACUUCGAGUUUGCAGGCUUCUUCCACCCGAUGGAGGAGUUUUUGAACGAUUGCAUUGACAACAGAGCGGAUUGGCCGGUUACACUAUACACAGCAUACCAAGAGCGACUGGAAGAGAAGGGAAUCGCAACGCCCAUCGGCUCCAUGGACCAGGAAAUCUGGAAUAGGAACUACUGGCUUGAAAUGGUGGUGAAUUACGUAGCUCCUUGGUGGCUUCCGGGUAGACACAAGGCAGAGGGUCUGGCGGAUCAGUUGAAAAAGGCUGAGACUGUAGUUUUGAACGGCUUGGCAAAUGCCUCGCGAGAACGGGGCGAACUGGCGCCUGUGCCGGCUUACGGAGACUUAACAAGGGACUGA